AUGAAUACGCUCCCAAAAGUACCAGACAUUGCACGGCUCUCGCCCAGAGUGAUUCGGAUCCUCGGUCAGAAUGGACCCUCCAAGUUCGUAUUGCAAGGGACCAACACCUACCUCAUUGGAACAGGUCCCGAACGCAUCUUGCUCGACACCGGAGACCAAUGCGACGCAUACCUGCCAUUCCUCGCCAAAGUGCUAGACGAAGAACGUUGCACCAUCACAAAAGUACUGCUCAGUCAUUGGCAUCAUGAUCACGUCGAGGGAUUACCCGGUGUUCGACAACUCCUCGCCCAAAGGGACGCAAAAGACUCGCAUGCGCUGCAAGUUUGGAAAUUCCCGCAUGAGGACGAUGAGGCAGAUUGGCAGGCGUUGAAGGAUAAUGACGAGAUACAAACAACAGGAGCAACACUACGCGCAUUGCACACGCCUGGCCAUGCCUCAGAUCACCUAUCCUUUUUGCUGCUUGAAGAAGGCGCCGUGUUUACGGCAGACAUGAUUCUGGGUGGCUCGACCAGUGUCUUUGAGGACUUAAGUGCAUACAUGGCAUCCUUGCGAAAACUCCAAGCUCUUGGCAAAGACUUGGUCGGUCGGCUGUAUCCGGGCCACGGCCUUGAGAUGGAAAACGGCUUGUCCGUUGUGCAAGAGUACAUUCAUCAUCGACAAGCAAGAGAAGAUGAAAUCGUCAAACUACUACGGCAUAGGGCUCAGUCACAGGGCCUACACAAGGCCAGUGCCAUGGAUCUCGUCAAAGUGAUUUAUAAAGAUGUCAAUCCUGACUUGUACCCGGCAGCAGCACAUGGUGUCGACUUGCAUCUGCAAAAACUACAGCAAGACGGACAGGUGGAAGGCCUCGCCGAGGAAGACGGGCAAGGCGAUGCCGUCUGGCGACUCAAGCCUAAUGCGCGCAUCUAG